UACAGUAUUUUGCUGAUGUGGCAAACGUGGCCACGUCAGCCAAUUCUACUAGAUUUUUCAAACCCCUUUACCCUUUUCACAACCGUUAGAUCAUGGUCGGUUCACCGCCCAAAUCCAAUCUCAACCGUUAAAACAUUCGCUAGAUUUUUUCUAGAUAUUUUUUUUUCCCUCACAAUAAUUUUAUAGAAGAAUAAAGACUUUUAUUUUCUCUCUUUUAUCUCUCCACUCACAAAUAUUUUGAUUUGUUUUGUAACUGUUUCUCUUUCUCUGGAGCUUUCUUCUUCUUCAAUCGAUUUAGGUUUUUCAAGUGUUUGUGUUGUGAUAAUGAGUAGCGAGGAAGUUGUUGAAGUUACGGUGGUGAAAGCAGCUGAGGCUAGCGGAGGAAAGUCAUCACGGCGGAAGAUGAGGAAGAAAGACGCCGUUGAUGGCGGCGGCGAUGGUUUGGUGAAGUGGGAGAGAUUUCUCCCGAAAAUCGCGCUAAGAGUUUUGCUCGUUGAAGCUGAUGAUUCGACUAGACAGAUUAUCUCUGCUCUUCUCAGGAAAUGUAGUUACAGAGUCGCUGCUGUACCUGAUGGCUUAAAGGCUUGGGAGAUGCUUAAAGGAAAACCCGAAAGCGUUGAUUUGAUACUAACAGAGGUUGAUCUGCCUUCGAUCUCUGGUUACGCUCUGCUAACACUUAUCAUGGAGCAUGAUAUCUGCAAGAACAUUCCUGUUAUAAUGAUGUCGACACAGGACUCGGUGAAUACUGUGUAUAAGUGUAUGUUGAAAGGUGCGGCUGAUUAUCUUGUUAAGCCGUUGAGGAGGAAUGAGCUGAGAAAUCUUUGGCAACAUGUCUGGAGAAGACAAACUUCACUCGCUCCUGAUAGCUUUCCAUUGGAUGAGAGACAGCAGAAACCCGAGGGUGCCUCUGCAAACAAUUCGAACGGAAAGAGAGAAGAGCAUGUCGUAAUUGGGAAUGGUGGUGAUGCUCAGAGCUCGUGUACAAGACCAGAGAUGGAAGGCGAGAGCGCAGACGUGGAGGUCAACGCGAGAGAUGCAGUACAGAUGGAGUGCGCAAAGUCUCAGUUCAAUGAGACACGGCUUCUAGCAAAUGAGAUGCAGAAUUCAUCGAAAAAGGCCAUUGACUUGAUGGGAGCAUCGUUUAGAAGAACUGGACAACGUAACAGAGAAGAAAGUGCUGCCCAAUACGAAUCUCGGAUAGAGCUUGAUCUCUCUCUGAGUAGACCUAUCCCUUCCGAGAACCAAUCUUCUGGAGACCGGCCUUCUCUUCAUCCUUCUAGUGCGUCAGCUUUCACACGGUACGUUCACAGGCCAUUGCAGACACAAUGUUCGGCCUCCCCGGUGGUUCCUGAUCAAAGAAAGAAUUUUGCGGCAAGUCAAGAUGAUAACAUUGUGCUAAUCAACCAAUACAAUACAUCUGAACCACCUCCAAGUGCUCCAAGAAGAAACGACACCAGCUUUUACACUGGAGCUGACUCACCGGGUCCACCGUUUAGUAAUCAGAUGAAUUCUUGGCCAGGACAGGGUUCUUACCCAACGCCAACCCCCAUCAAUAAUAUACAGUUCAGGGGUCCCAACACAGCUUAUGCAUCUGCAAUGGCUCCUGCUUCAGUCUCCCCAACCCCUAGCUCCGUUAGCCCACAUGAAUACAGUUCCAUGUUUCACCCAUUCAAUGGUAAACCCGAGGGUUUCCAAGACCGGGAUGGUUCCAUGGAUGUAGAGGAGAGGAGAUACGUCUCUUCUGCAACCGAACAUAGUGCAAUAGGCAAUCACAUUGAUCAGCUUAUUGAGAAGAAGAACGAAGAUGGGUAUUCAUCGUCUGUCGGGAAAUUUCAGCAAUCUCUUCAACGGGAAGCUGCUUUAACCAAAUUCCGGAUGAAGCGUAAGGACAGAUGUUUUGAGAAAAAGGUUCGUUAUGAGAGCCGGAAGAAACUGGCAGAGCAACGGCCGCGAAUCAAAGGCCAAUUCGUUCGUCAAGUCCAAUCAACACAAGCUCAUCAGUGAUCCAACAAAUUGAUAUAUUAAUACAGUUCAAUUUUGUAUCAUCUACUAGGAGCUGUUCUUGUACUACUAAUUCCACAUACAUAGUGGGUGUUAGAUUUGGUGACACUUUUGUUUGUACAUACAGUUUUGGAGCUUGUUGUUGAGUUUUAGUUAGAAUCUACUUUAGAUCUGUAAUUACAUACAUUUCUAUUGCGUUUCUGUGACUUGCAAGAAGAGUUAACAAGAUUG